AUGAAAGACCAGAGCCCGGCUGUAGAAAGGCUCGACCCCAGUGAACUCGAGGACAGCCGGGGUAGACGGCCACAGGAAGACUCUGGUAGAAUUCAUGACGUUGAGCGGCGCAAAACAGCAUGGAUAUGUGUCUUGGGGUCGUUCCUUUUUCUCAUGCCUUCAUUCGGUUUCAUGCAAUCCGUUGGGACAGUACAGGCGUUUCUUCAAGAGAAUCAAUUAAAAGAAUACUCAUCACGGGAUAUCGGCUGGAUUACAGGUGUCUAUAACUUCCUCACCAUGUUCCUUGGCAUCCAAGCCGGCCCUUUAAUGGAUGUCUUCGGCUCCAAGCCGCUCGGGCCUCUGGCGGCCGGAUUUCUUGUCCCAAUGUUCUUCCUUCUUGCAGAGUGUAAAACUUACUGGCAGUUCAUCCUCUGUUUGGGCGUUCUAGGAGGAAUUGGCAAUGCGAUUGCCACAACUGUUGGGAUUGCUGUCACCGGAAAGCUGUUCCUUCGACGGCGUGGGUUGGCGUUAGGUCUUGCUUUGGCAGGCUCGUCGACUGGGGGCAUCAUCUUCCCUCUAGCUCUUCGGCAAAUGCUACCGAUGUGGGGUUGGAGAUGGUCUCUGAGAGCUGUUGGAUUCAUCGUCUUGGGCAUCAUGUGUUUGGGCCUUACAUGUCUCUCACCGUUUCCGAGAUUAAUAGCGAUUGCUCAAGGCGAUAGUCACGGUGAUCGCCGCAGCAAGAAGGAUGCAGCUAUGGACUUUUCGGCAUUUCGUUCAGCCUCCUUUUCUUUUGUUACAGGCGCAAUCUUUCUGCUAGAGUUCGCUAUUUUUGGCGCUACGGCUAUUCUUCCGACUUUAGUGUCUUGGGCUGGAUUUCCGGUUGAGUCCGGGUACAGCAUGCUCGCUAUUCUGAAUGGUUUGUCUUCUCUUGGGCGCAUCCUUCCUGGUUUAGUUGGUGAUUAUUUGGGGCACUUUAACGUUUUGCUUGCCAUGGUUAUUUUCACCUUGGUGACAACUGCGGCUACUCUGACUGCUUUCGGCUCGACUCGUAUCGAAGCACUGUAUGCGUUCGCUGCUUUAUGGGGAUUUGGUACUGGUUCUUUUUUAUCUUUGACUCCUGUAUGCAUGGGUAAGGCGUGCGAUACCAAAGAUUAUGGGAGAUAUUAUGGGACCAUGAACUUCGUUAUAAGUUUUGCUUUGCUUCUGACAAUGCCAGUAAGCGGCCAAAUGCUUGAAUCUCUGGGGUCAACCGCAUUGUCAGGGCUUUAUCUUGGCGUUGUGUUUUUGGGAGGAAUCUUGAUUUUUGCCGCACGGUCAACUUUGCUUAAAACGUGGUGUGAUUUUUCAAGCACGAUAUAG